AUGAGGUUAAACAAUGGGAGGUUAAAAUUGUGUGGCCUUGACGUUAAAAUUUCACCAAAAGCGUUACAGAAUAGACUCAUUGUGGUCCUUUCUGCCAUUGCAACAAUAGCUUGCGCUGGUCAUGGAGCGACUAGCUAUUUCAACUAUGUAGCUGGUUCUCCAACUAUUGGUCAUGGUCACGGUGGAGGUGGUGGUGGUCAUGGGGGUGGUCAUGGGGGUGGACAUGGAGGUCAUGGAGGUGGUCAUGGCGGAGAUGGUGGACAAGGUGGAGACGAUCAUCAUGGACACCCUCACUACGAGUAUAGCUAUGGAGUAAAAGAUCCCCAUACUGGUGACCACAAAUCCCAACAUGAGGAACGCGAUGGGGAUAAAGUGAAGGGAUACUACACUGUAUCUGAACCUGAUGGUACCCAUCGUACUGUGCAUUACACCGCUGAUAAACACAACGGAUUCCAAGCUGUUGUGGAGAAAUCUGGACACGCUGUACAUCCCGAUCAUGGUCAUCAUACAGCAUUCGUUGCCAAACCAGUUCAUGGCGGUCAUGGUCACGGUCACCAUUAA